AUGCCGUAUCUUGGGGGGGGGGGGGGGGGGGGGGGGGGGGGGGGGGAGGCCUUCAUGCUGGGGUGCCAUUUCUUCAGCAAGAAGUCAGGCAUCUAUCUCAGCAAGAGGGCUUCCAGCUACGCAGACUCGCGCACAAAGAGGAGAGGAAGAGAGGGAAUAACGCGGGAAAUUGGGGGAAUGAGGCCCCACCAGACGGGACACUGGUUGCCCAAAGUGAUGCCACAUCUGAGAUCGGAGACGAGCGAGGGGCACACGGCUGCACCACCUGCAAGAACACCGCUGGUCACGCCUCGGACGCCGUGUGUCUUUGAGAAGAUCGCCUACAUCUGGAGCCGACCAAACCCGGACUCCUGCAACAUCUGCUAA